AUGGCUUCCGCACAGUUUUCCACGUGUAAGCAUUGUCCAUCCGACAGGCAGUUGGAAAUUCCAAAGUCGCAACAUCAAAAUCAGCAGGAUGAUGAACUAGUUCAGAAAAUGAAACAGCGCAGACAUCAAUCAAAAUCGUUGAGGCAUCAACGGAAACAGCAUCUGAGAAACAAAACUGAAAAUGAGACGAAAGGAAAAAAAGCCGAGAAACCGAUGAAAUAUCGACAUAGAUUCGGUCCUCUCAUUUGCCAGUAUGGAAGUUUGGACGGUAUUCACAUGAGUUUCAAGCAUGGAACAUCACUGGUUAGAAGACCUGUCGAUAAAAAUAAUUUUGUAGUCAAUGGCAAUGGUCAAAAUCAAAGUGGUCAGUAUCGUGCCACACCUAGUAGUGUAUUCUCUAAAAUCCACUACAAUUACUCAAGAAUGAAGUUCACAAAUAGCAAUUUCGGAAGAAACAAUCACAAAAUGACAGCGGAUGCAAACAACAACAAGGAUGACGUCAAAACUAAAAACAAAACCAGCAAAUAUAACGACAGAUGUUACACCAACAACACCAACGACGACACGGACUUCCUCAACAUCAACAACAACAGAAGUGUUCUCGAAUUUGAAAAAUCAGCCGUCAUCAGAAAAAUUAUCUUUGAAUCAAAAGAUGAUCGCGGACUUGAAUACGUCGAGGUGCAUACGACCUCCAACGUUAACAUCGUCGACAUCAUCAGAAGCGACUUCAUCAACCUUGCUCGCAGCAGAAGCAACAAUUUCGCAACAUCCACACCCAUCAUCAACGACAAAGAAACAAAAGGCAGCAAGCACAACCAGACUGAAAAAUCCAGUUUGUCCAAAAAAUGCGGCAGCACGUUUCUCCCACUUAAAGACAACUUCAACAAAUUUGACCUUUCAGGCAAUGAUGAAAAAAGCAAAGCUGAAUGUGAAAAUGACAAGAAAGAAAACAACAUCCCUGUUUUGAAUAAAAUUAAAAGUGAUGAUAACAUUAACGAUAACAUUAUUGUUCAAACCAAUUUUCCAAACAGGAUCACCAAUGCAGACAAACACAGAAAUCCAUCGAGCAAGCAGGAGAAGACAAUGGAACUCGACAUAUCCUUGAACAUAAUGAUGCAUAAGCUGACGGACAAAUGUUUGAAAAAUAUGGGAAAACCAUUUAGUUCAUUGGUGCAAUAUCUGAGCAACAAAGACUGCAACAACAGAUCACCAUUGACAAAACAGAGCAGAUUUAUCAAGCGUUUCUUCCUGGCCAAACAUCUCGUCAACAGCUGCGAAACUUCCGGAUUGUACAUUUCCUGUCUCCAAUCCUGCUCAGGCAGGUUACUGCUGACAUUAGACAGCAUCCUUCCCACUUUCAAGGUCAACGUCGAUCACGUAGGAGACAUUGAAAACCAUUUUUAUUGGCUGAUGAAAGUUACAAGUGAUUGGCAGUUAGCGGAAAACUUGAAAAAAAUUAUGAAAAAAGAAAUUGGUGGAUCCAAAAAAGUAGAAACUAUUGCUAAUGGGGACAAAGAUCUAUUUCCGGUCAGGCACGCCAUUUUGAAGGCAGUAAGUCGUCUUCAAAAACUCACAAGAUGUGAAAAUUUGGGUCGACUUCAUUGGGAAAUUUUCAAAGAAGGUCAUUCAUCGGUGCUGGUGUUUGUCAAUGAAAUUACUGUUGCAUCAUCACCUCGGCCAUCCUUAUUUUCUCCCUCAUCAUCCUCUCCGUCACACUUGUCCUCGUCACCUUUGACCUGGAUGCCCAUUGGCGACUUAUCGUCAUCACAUUCAUCGUCAUCUCCAUCAUCGUCCAAGUCAACUUUAUUGAAGUACAUAACAUUGAAGAGUUUGGACAUAUUAUCAACGAGUGAGCAGCAGCAGAUGGAGCAGGGCAUGUACAUCGGCUACUUGAAGCUGGCAGUUCGUGUACAGGGAUUGGAUAUCCUCGUCUCCAAACAACAUCUUUCAAGCCUCCCUUGCAUCAAGGUCGACGGUGAUGAUGGUGAUGAUUCCGAUGAAGAUGUCAAGAUGGUGGUGAAGUACACCAACGUGUUUGAUGAUGGAGAUGGUGCUUCAAUGAGAGACAACAGCUUCAAAAAUAUGCUACAGACAAAAUGCCAUCAGCUCAUUGAUACCGUCACUACAGAAACAGCUGCUUCAACUGAAGCUGUUGAAGAAGAAGAAGCUGAUGAACCGACCAUUCCAACUGCUCAUCGACUCCACAAGUUGACCUUCCCCUUGAAACAUCACGUGAACAUGACCUUACUCGCGCCACAGGCUUCCCUCGUGUGCUCACCUCUGCAGGGCAAGCUCCCUACUCCUCCGCCAUCUUGCACUUACCUCCCAUUCAAAACAUUUGAAAUGCUCCACCUCAACACCUACCAGCCACAAAUCUACCGGAAGUAUUGCCAGUUGUCGGCCAUUUUAGAUUUGGUUACGGAAACCUGCAGACGCCGCAAGAUACGACUGCAAGAUUGUGAGGAGAGCGAAUCACGCGACGACAAACUGGCCGAACUGUUGGAGCUUUCUAAAAUUCUACAAAGCAUUCAACGAGAGAUGAAUGAAACGUGGACCAAACAUCGCUGGAUAGGUGACGUCAUCAGUCAAGCCCGUCUGACGUCAUCAAAAGAUUACGUAUCGUUGGAAGAGCUCUUUACGAAAUAA